UCUUCCAUGGGUGACAGGGAAACAAGUAAUCACUCAGAAAUGACUGGCUUCGUUCUCAUAGGCUUCAGGGUUGGCUCUGAGCUCCACCUUCUCCUCUUCCUGCUCUUUGUGCUUAUCUAUGCCAUGAUCCUCUUGGGGAAUGUUGGAAUGAUGACUCUUAUUCUGAGCGACCCCCGUCUGAACACACCCAUGUAUUUCUUCCUAGGCAACCUCUCCUUUAUUGACCUCUUCUAUUCUUCUGUCAUUGCACCCAAGGCAAUAACCAAUUUUUGGUCCAAGAGCAAGUCCAUCUCCUUUGCAGGCUGUGUGGCCCAGCUGUUUCUCUUUGCACUCUUCAUUGUGACCGAGGGAUUCCUCCUGGCGGCUAUGGCGUACGACCGCUUCAUCGCCAUCUGCAACCCACUCCUCUAUUCCGUCCAGAUGUCCACGCGUCUCUGUGCACGGCUGGUGGCGGGCUCCUAUUUCUGUGGCUGCAUCAGCUCUGUUCUUCAGACCAGCAUGACAUUCAGUUUAUCCUUUUGUGCUUCUCGGGCCAUUGAUCAUUUUUACUGUGAUACUCGCCCCCUGCAGAGAUUAUCUUGUUCGGACCUCUUUGUCUCUAAAGUGGUCUCGUUUUCCCUCUCCGGCCUCAUUAUUUUGCCUACUAUUUUUGUGAUUGUUGUCUCUUACAUGUACAUCGUGUCCACGGUUCUGAAGAUGCGCUCCACGGAGGGGCGUAAGAAAGCCUUCUCUACCUGCAGCUCUCACCUGGGGGUGGUGGGCGUGCUGUACGGCGCUGUCUUCUUCAUGUAUCUCACACCUGACAGGUACCCUGAACUCAGCAAAGUAGCCUCCCUGUGUUACUCUCUUGUCACGCCGAUGCUCAACCCUCUGAUUUACUCUCUAAGAAACAAAGACGUCAAGGAAGCUAUCAGAAAACUGUUAGAGAAGAAGAAGAUGAUUCUUUGA